AUGGAAAUGAAAGAGACUGCUGAACACAAGACAGUAUGGAAGAUGAACUCAACCAGUGAACCUUUAUUUACUACUAGUGUAGAAGUCAGUCCUUUGAAAAAAUUCACCAUUCCCAAGAUCAGAAGGACAGCUGGGAAAGUUUACUUGUCACCUUGUUGCACCAAUACCAGAGAGUAUAGUUUCAUACAUGAUACUCUUAACCAGUGCCGGCUUGAUGUGAGCUGUGAUCUUCAGUCUUCAUGGCAAUUUGGGGAUACAAAGUUGGUUCACAAUGAGGAGCUGGAAAAAAAUUUUACUUCUAAGAGGUCAGAGAUGCGUGAGAGUGGAAGACAUGGCAGAGAACUUGAAGAACAUUUCUGCUUUUUAGCACUUCCUCAGAGUGAUGUAGCUGAGAUCUAUCAGAAUGGGAUAAGUACCAAAGCAUCUGCAAUGAAGAUACUAGGAAAUCCUCUUCUUGGAAUUUAUACAUUUAGACAUGUUGAUAUUGCCUUGAAUUAUGCUCAUAGUACAAGCAUUACUGUGGAAAGUAUUAUAAUUUUUAAGGUUCUCUUUGGGAAAGUGAAGAAAAUCCAGCCUUCAGUGGAUAAAAACAAAGUUUCUUUGGAUCCUUCUCCUAACUUUGAUUGCCAUAUGUCGAGAAGUAUACCUUCUCUGAAAGAUACUAUUGAACUACAAGCCUACAAUUCAGCAGUAUACUUCUAUGAAUACAAUAUUCUUUCAAAGCCAGUAGAAAAACCUAGGCAGUGCCUUCCAUAUGCAGUAGUAACAGUAAAAUUUAUUGGUCAGAAAGUAGAUAAUGGACACAUUAUGACAUCUUUGAGAUUCCUCUCAACAGGAUUUCCUAAGAGGGCUGAAAGAACAUGCUCUCUGAAUAACUGUACAGUGGCCAAAAGAAUUGGGAAAGGAAAAGAUGCUACUGUCAUCUUUGAGCAUUUCAGGAAACCUGUAGAUCCAUUUGUUCAGGAAAACUGUUCGUGCAAUGCACUAAAUUCAGAGAUAAAUCCUUCCAACUCAAAUAUUUCUAAUUCCUAUGGAAAUGUGCAAAAUGAAAACAUUUCUGUACUUGAAACAUACAGUGGACAGAUGGAGCACAACUUAGGAGAACAUAGAGACACUUCUCAAGUACAUGCAUAUGAUUCGGGUUUUUCAUUUAUUCCCGGUGAUACCAGAGAAAGUGUUAAUAAUGGGGACCUCUUAAAUUUGACACAUCUUAAAGAUGUUUUAAGUGAUCUUGCUGCUGCUUUUCCCCUUCAUAACAAUAUUGGCUCAAGCACAGUUAUUACAUCAAAACUCAUCAAAGACCCAAGGCUGAUGAAGAGAGAAGAAAGCAUGGGAAAACAUAAUGCUAUUACAGAUUUAAAUGAGAUUUUACCACUUGAGAAGAGUUUAGAUUUUGCUAACUCAGAAAUAAACCUAUCAUCUAUCCCAACUAAUUCUGCCUCUUCAUUUGAAGUCAUGCCUGGUGAUCAAACUAUUCUUACUAAUUACAUGGACUCCCCUGGCUUCAAAAUUUCUUUUGAUAAUUCACAAGCCCAGGCUCACAACAUGGGCUCUGAGACCUAUGAUUAUACAACUCCCAAUAAAAUGACCAUUGCAGGACAACAUAAGAUCCAGGAUAAUUUUUCCUUCCCAGCAUAUGUGUCAAAUGUAGUUUCAGAAGUUGAAACUGCAAAACACAGUGAGGAAAAAGCACAGAGAUCCCAACAGAGAAGCAACAUCCCACUUUCAAUUGAACAAAAUUAUGAGCCACUUGAGUCUUACGAAUCAGUGAAUAGUUGUUCAGAAGGGUACAAUAGUCACAUCUCUCCAGAAUCACAGUCUUCUAAUUUUAAAACUGUACAUCAGACUAGUCAACAAAUGUCUACAGUUUUUUCACUGCAAAGCAAAGAAAGCAUACAUGAGUACAUUCAAAAUACUGGAAAGAUGAGAAACUUCACUGGGACAGAAGACAAUUCCAAACAUGGAGAAAAGCAAAAUUUAUGGAAAGAAAAUGAUAAUUCUUUUACUAAUAAAAGAAAAAUCAGUCCAGUAGAUAAUUACAUUUCUUGGCACCAAGACUACAAAGAGGAUGAGAGUCUUGAUUAUUUGGGGGAAAAUUGUGAUCAAAUGUUAAUUACUGAAGGGUUAGAAAUACCAAAAUCUUCCACAUCUGCCACAGAGGAUAAGUAUGAACUAGAUCAUCUAACACUGGAAAUACAAAAUAAUCUUACUACAAGAGUGGAGAGCCGUCCACAGAAGUAUCGUCAAUACUCUUUCGAGUACGAUGAUAACAUUCAUACAAGUUUUGCCAUUUCUCAGAAACUAAUGGAACUGAAACUAGAAAAAACAAAUCAAAACUGUGUCAGCAUUAUGACUGAUGCUUUCCAGGAAGCAAAAGACAUUCCCCAGGCCAAUAAACUGCCACCUGUUAUUUCAUCUCAUGACAUUAAAAUAGCUCAUGAUAAUGCAAAUUGCCACAUGGCUAGAGAACAUAUGUAUGUUCAAAGGAGAAAUGAAAAUGAUCUAGUGUCAUUAGAGAACAUUCAAAGAGACUACAAAGAAACUCCUCAAAUUGAUGAUAAAGGUCAAGAUCAUACUCAGUUCUGUAAUGCACAGUUGAACAGUGAUGUGCACCUGAAUAUUGAUUUCAGAGAGCGAAGAGAUAAUGAGAAAGAAAACCAGAAUGAGGCUGAAGUGGAAGACAUUGCUUCGUCUAAAGAAAACAACAUAGAGGAUAUAUAUGGAGAAGAGAAGCAGCGUUUUCAUCCGAACAAAAGUUUCAUCAGUAUAGAUGAAAGGAGGGAGAAUAAAAAUUAUGGUAGCAUAGAGAUUCUGAGUUCUGAAGACUUUUCUACUGCAUUGAAUUUGACAUGGGGAAAAAAAUAUGUAUCAACAGAAUCUGCAUUAUUAGGAAGUGAAGAUACUGUUACUGCCAUAAAAGAAAAAGAUAUUCAAAGUACUGGCAGGACUGUAGAGCAUUUGGUUUCCACAACAUUUCCCAAAACUGCAGCUUCUUCAGAGCAGGUAGCCUCAGAUGCCACCGUACAGAUAGCUGAUGCUACCAUGCCUACAAGAAGCACAAAUCAUGAAGAUCUCCAGAGAUACCAGUUUAAAGAAACUUGUUCCUCUGAGAGUCCAGAUUUGGGUUUGUUAGUAAAACAUAGGGUUUCUGACUGUGAAACAGAUACAGAUAACGAUGAAUUACACAAUUCAUUUCAUCAUUCAGUAAGUGACCACUCAGUUCUUCAAAGUUGCAAAGUGGAUAAUGAGAUUGAAGUAGGAUCAAAGCAGAGUAAUGAUGCUUUUCUAUUUCAACAGGAUACUUGUAGCCGUGGAAAUGUACUCUGUGAAGAAUCUGGGGCCUCAUACGAGGCUCUGAAGUCUCGUAUCGAUUGGGAAGGUCUGUUAGGAAGCAAUAAUGGGAAGAUGGGAGUUUCGAAAAGUAUCACAAGGGAGAAUGAUGAUCAGCAUUGUUCUGAGGAAAGUAGUUGUUUUUAUUCCUCUACAGAAAAAAAAAAAGCAGAGCUCUUCAACCCAGUUUUACUUCCAGAUCUACAAGUUAGGAUUACUAAUAUAUUUAUGCAAGAAUUCAGUCCCACUGUUGAAUCCCUUGCAUUGAAAGAUAAUUUCUGCAAAGAUAUAACUGAAGCUACAAAAUCAGAAAUAAAUGAGAAGCAGGGGAAAGUUCCGGAAUUUGAAAUUCAUUCCCAGUGUUCUGGUGAAAAUUCAGAUCAUCCAUGUGAAGGUAAAUUUGGUAAUAUAAGGCAAGAAUCAGGACUAGUGAGUAAAUCUGAAAUCCCUCCUUCUUUUGACUUGAGUCAUCAUACACACAUGAGUCACAUAUAUGAAAAACAGAACAGCAGGCCUUUGCUUACUGAACUUUCUAAUGCCACAGCAGUAAACAAUGAAAGCAGAUGUUCCUUUACAAAGUCAAAAACCAGUUUUAAUGAUACUAGAAUUAAAAAGGACACAGAAUCAGGAAUUAGCAAAAGAAAGCCACAUAUACCUUUUAGGGACCGGAAUUUACCAGAUAAAGACUUCAGACAUCAUGAGAUUUAUGGGAAGAAGAGGAGGCUAACCAGUCAGGACUCAUCUGAAUGUUUUUCUUCUCUAUCCCAAGGACGAAUUAAAACCUUUUCACAGUCAGAAAAGCACAUUAGGAGUGUCCUGGAUAUUCUAAAUAGUGAAGCAUCUUUAUGCAAAAGCAAACGUCUUUCCAGAAGACUUGACAGAGCUGUUCUUCACUUAAAAAAAGCUCAUAGAAGAGUUCACACGUCUUUGCAGCUUAUAGCUAAAAUGGGAGAAAAAAGAAAGGGCCCUUUACCAAAAGCAUAUGCAAUAAUAUGCAAUAAUUUCUGGGAAAGUUGUGACCUUCAAGGUUAUAGUUCUGUGUCUGAAAGAAGAUAUUAUUCCACUAAGCAUUUUUUGUCAAAAAGAAAAUAUGACAAGCCUGGUGAGAAAAGACCUUUGGGAUUUGAAGAUGAUAAAUCCUUAACUCAUGUAUCAAAGCACAAGUCUUAUAAAACAAGUAAAGAAAGAAUCACAAAGUGCCUUUCUAAGAAAAAUGUGUCCAGAAGUCACACAACUAUUCACGUGAGAGAAUUUUGUGAUCAAGAGUACCCUGAAUCACAGUUAGCCCUGUGUGCCACGUCCCAGAGUACAAGUCAGCCAGCUUAUGGCAAUAGCAGGAUGAGAAAUCCUAGAUCUUCAGAACUUCAGCCCUUUUCUGGAAAAACUGGGUGUCUCUCUUCCCCAGACUGCCCAGAUGAAACACUAACUGAAAAAGGAAAUCAAAUUGAUACAGAGUUUUUGUCUAGCCUUAGUAAAUGUGAAAAGCUUGAGAACCGUUCAGCACAUAGUAAUAUUAAGGAUACAGCAAAAGGAAAGAAUUCUGAGGCUAAUGAAGUUAUAAAUAAAAGGAAUUUGUUAUCUUUAAGCUGCGUGAAAGAAGACAAUGUAAGUUUUAGCAUGCACAAAAAUUAUGGUGUAACUUGUAUAGCUCACACAGAGGUGAAAACUGACAUAGUUAUUUCAGUCUUACAGUCAAAUGUGAAGCAUUUGUUUAACAUUGAUAUCUACAAACCAGAUAACUUUAUUUUAUCUGGUUAUAAAAGAAACCUGGAAGUAAAUUUUCCUACAGAAAAAUGGACAGCUCCUAAUGAGAGCCCCAAACCAGGCGUUAUUACAGGAAACUUCCUUGUGGACCCAUUAAAUCUAACUCUGGUAACAAGCAAAAAGUGUAACAGUACUCCUCAGUUGUUAUCAACCACUCUAAUGGCAGAUAGUGAGGGAGACUCUUCGAAACCUUACCUGGAUAAACGGAGCAUUUUUGCUGUAGAUUCUUCAGCAGCGUCUAGCAGCGCACCACACUGUCAACAAGGGUGUGGGGGAGAGGAGCUUCUGGAGACAGAACAAUGCUCUUCAAGUAAUUGCUUCCAUAUAGAUGGGAAUGGAACAAAUAGUAUUGAGAAUUCUGGAUUGGAUCUCACAUCAAUAACUGAAGAAGUUAAAAGUUUUGAGGAAAAUAUAAUGAAAAAACUAUUUUCCAAUGAUAGUUCUCCGCUCCUAAAAGGUAAUAUAAAGGGUUCUUCCUCAAAAGAACGGAUCACAGAAAAAGACAUUCAGGACAGAAAAAUGUGGAAAGAGAAACAAGCAGAAAAAGCAAAAGAUUCAGUUCACAAAAACGUGACUGAAGGAUCAACUAUUAAGACUGAGAGCAAAAACCAAAAGAAUAGUGUACUGGAAGAAUCCUCCUACGUCAGUGAGAAAACAAUUAAAAAUAACUUGAUUGAUUCUCAUUUAUGCAUUAAAAAUACUACAGAGGCAGUAUCUUUGAGUAACAGAGCUUCUAAUCAGCUUAGACAGAGAGAGGAAGGAAUUAAAGUUAGUCGUGACACUCAGUCUGACUCUGUAUUGCAUUCAGAAAUAGCCUGUAAUUCCUUACCAGGCCUUAUAGGAAUGAACCAUAGGCCUCUUGUACAUGCCCACUCUGGCACUUCCGAAGUCUCUGCUCCUCAGAAGAAGCCUGCAUCACACAUGAAUGAAUUAAAAGAAGAACAUUACUCAGCUAAUCAUUCGGCUCUUAUAGCUCAGCUAGCUCAGAGUUUGAGGAGGGCUGACGAAGCAUCAUCUUUGCAGAUUCUACAGGAAGAAACUAAAGUUUGUCAAAAUAUUCUACCUUUAUUUGUUGAAGCUUUUGAAAGAAAACAAGAAUGUUCAUUUGAACAAGUCUUGAUUUCAAGAGACCUUUUGGUAGAACAAAACCUGUGGAGUAAUUGCAGCCGCAAAUUAAAACCAUGUGCUGUUGACUCCUUGGUAGAACUCCAGAUGGUGAUGGAAACGAUUCAAUUCAUUGAAAACAAAAAAAGGCUCUUAGGAGGUGAACCAACAUUCAGAAGCUUGCUUUGGUAUGAUGAGACAUUGUACAGUGAGCUGCUUGGCAGACCCCAUGGAUUUCAGCAACAGUCCAAUUUCUAUCCUGCUUUUCAAGGAAGAUUAAAAUAUAAUGCAUUCUGUGAGUUGCAAAACUAUCGUGAUCAAUUAAUUGAACUGUUAGAAGAAACCAAAAAGGGAAAAAAUUCAUACUAUGCAUACUUAAAAUACAAACGACAGGUUAAUGAGUGUGAAGCAGUAAUGAAGCAUUGUUCUGAUUGCUUUGACUUUUCUCUUUCUGUUCCAUUUACCUGUGGUAUUAACAUUGGAGAUAGUUUAGGAGACUUAGAAACCUUAAGACGAACCACUUUAAAGCUGAUCAGUAUGAGUGGGGACUCUCAAAUUGAUUCCUAUCCAGGAAAACAAGACCAUUUCUGGAUUAUCAUAGAAAUGAUCUCCUCAAAAGUUAAUUUUAUCAAGAGCAAUGAGGCAGUAAGUAUUAAAGUAUCUCUUUAUGGUCUGGAACAUAUCUUUUUUGAUGCUGCAAAAAGUCUUGUUUGGAAAGAGAAGAGAGAGUCUUUCUCCAGAAAAUACUCAGGAAAGAACAAAGAAAUACUACUCAGAAUGAAUCAACAUGCUUUUUCUAGGUUGCAGAAGAUUUUUGAUACGUUAUCUAAAGAUUUAAGCAGUGAACAGAUUUCCAGUAUUAAACUUCAGGAAAACACCAUAAUUGCUGCCGGAAAGUCAAAUGAUCUAAUAAACAAAGCAGCAAUUAGCAUAGAAAACUCUAGGUUUAACAGUAGUUUGCUUUCACACCCAGAUAUCUGUUGUAUUAGUGAAAUAUUAGAUCAAGCUGAAUUUGCAGACUUUAAAAAAUUACAGCAACUCACUUUCAGAUGUACCCGCCACUUAGAAAUUUUAACAAAAUACUUCCAGAUACUGCAAGAAGAUAACAUAGAUAAUAUUUUUAUCACGGAAGAAAACGUUUUGGACGUGGCAAAAAAACACAGACAUGAGGCUGUAAUUUUGAAACCUGCAGCCAUUGAAACCUAUAUUGAAAUUGUCAUGCUCUCAGAAACAGUUCACUUUCUUAAAAACUCAAUGGCAAAGAAACUAGACAAACAGAGGUUUCGAGGUAUGCUUUGGUUUGAUUUGUCACUCCUUCCUGAACUGGUUCACUGCCAAGAAAAAAUGGCUUCUUUCUCAUUUCUUAAAGAUAAUUCAACUGGUUGCCUUUGGAAGGUGAUAGAGACUGCUAUUUCUGAACUUAAGAAAGAUCUGGAUAUUAUCUACAGCUGUAGUGAAGCUGUUAAUUGCUCAUAUGCGUUUCAUUUGUUCUCAAGAGAACUUGAAGAACUUUCAGAAAUAAAAAAGCUUCUUGAGAAGUCUAAGUAUUCCGUUUCCACAUACGUUGACUUUGUGCCAUGUAUAGCAUCCAUAAACUACGGAAGCACUAUGACGGAGUUAGAAUACAACUACAAACAGUUUUCCACCCUGCUUGAGACUAUAAUGGCUGCCCCUCGGAAGGAUAUAGGGAAAAUGGCCCAUAUUAUGAAAGUCAUGAAAACUAUUGAAUGUAUGAAGAUAAUAUGUGCUAAAAAUGCUAAAUUAACCAUUUCCUUUAUCCUAUGCCAAAUGCUAUGUAACAGAAAGAAGACUUUCCAACUGAAGAGAAAAGAAAACAUGAAUAUUCAUGUAAAACUUAGGAAGUGUAUCAACAAGUCCAAUGCCUGUGUGAAGGUGCCCUCAGUUUUAGAAUGCACAAGGAAAAACGUUUCGAAUUCCUCUAAAAAGCGACCUAUCACUGUAGACAAAUGGGAGGACUCUCAGGAACAAGAGAAAAAUACUACUGUCCCCAGUUUUAAAAAACAAAAGGUUAACAUGAAAGAUGUCACAGAAAUCAACAGAGAAAAGGCAACAUCCACGCAUCCAAGGAAUACAAGAUCUUGUCCCAAAACUGAGAAUGAAACAGGACCAAAUUCAUCUGACAAUUUGAAAAGAAACCAUGUCUCUCCAAAAAAAGUUGAAAUUCUGCGAUCACUACCUGGCUCACUUUUACCUUUAAAGAACCUAAAAGACACUUGCACGUUGAAGUCAGAGGGCAAAAUAGAUUUAACUAAUACUUCAUCUGCUACUUCAAAAGAUUUCACUGGACAACAGGGAAGCUUAAAUAGCAUGAAGAAAAGAGGUGUAAAUCUUAGGGCUGCUGAAACAAGUGAUAAGAAUUGUUCUCCUUUAGCAGUUUCUGACCAAAAAGAUAUAGGUGGCACAUUUGCAAAAGGCAAUGAGAUACCUUCACAGAAGAUUUUUAAGAAUUUCCCAGAUCAGGCAGAGAAGUCUUGUCCCCCAGACAUAAACCCAGGAACUGAUGCUUCUCUUCUGCCUAAUGCAUCAGUGUCCUCAAAGCCUAUUUUCUGUUUUGUGAGGGAUAUCCAUGACAAUUUAGAAAUGAAUGACACGGAUUUUGAACUUCAAGAUAAUGAAAUACUAAAUUCAUCCAUUAAAAGUUCUACAUGUUCCAGUUCUCCAGAACCCAUACUUAUCCAGGACAAAAUUCCUGUUCUGCAAAUAAAUAAAACACAACCUGCAAAGCCUGAGUCAAAAGAAAAAUAUGUGAAGGAUACAUUGAAUCCCAAUACUGUACCUGAUGAAACACCUAAGAACGUAACUCUUAAUGCGAAUCAAACAGUAGAACAACAGAAAAAUGAAAAUUCAAAGGUCUCUACUCAGAAUGCUGCCACAUAUUGGCAUGAAAUUCCACAAUCUGCAUGUACCCUAACAUAUAAUUCUUCUGCACACUCGUUUGGAGCUUCGUAUCCUUACUAUGCUUGGUCUGUUUAUCAGUACAGCAGCAGUGAUGGCAGUUCCAUCACCCAGACAUACCAGGGGAUAACAUCCUAUGAAGGGCAGCCACGUCCUUUUGGGAUGUUGUCUGCAGCUGCAAGCACUGUUCACAGUACAUAUUCUGAUCUUUUGUACUCUCAAUAUUUUGGUUACUUUGCUGGGGAACCACAAACAAAUUACUUCAUGCCAAUGAAUGGGUAUUUUCAAUCUCAAAUGCCUGUUUCUUACAAUUUUCAGCAGCCAGUAUUUUCACAGUAUGUUUCCUAUCAACCAGUACCACCAGCUGCAUACCCUUACUCUCCUGAUUCAGGCUUGCUUCCAGAGGUUCCUUGGACUUAUGCGUCAUGGCAACAAGAACCCUUUCAGCCAGGACAUUGAAAAUAGC